CUAAGUUGGCACACACAAACUUCUCAGAAACAGCAUCGCAUUUUAAAUUAUCUUCUCCAACCCACCCUUAUAUAAGUUUUUUCCUUUGAUCAAAAUGACCCUUGAAAUUCCCAUGGUCUCUGUCGUCCAUGCAUCGGAUAAGGCGCAUAGUAAACGAGCCUAUGUGACUUUUUUGGCAGGUAACGGUGACUACGUGAAGGGAGUAGUAGGAUUAGCAAAGGGAUUGCGUAAGGUUAAGAGUGCUUAUCCUCUUGUUGUUGCUAUGUUGCCUGAUGUUCCUAAGGAACAUAGAGAGAUCUUAGAGUCUCAAGGAUGUGUCCUCCGUGAGAUCGAGCCCGUCUAUCCUCCGGAUAGCCUUGAUGCAUACGCAAGGGCUUAUUACAUUAUCAAUUACUCAAAACUGCGAAUUUGGAACUUUGAAGAGUACAGCAAGAUGGUUUACUUGGACGCAGAUAUUCAAGUCUAUGACAAUAUCGAUGACCUCUUCGAAACGCAAGACGGUUAUUUGCAUGGCGUGUUGAGCUGUUUCUGUGAGGAAAUUUGGAGCUACACGCCACUCUACUCAAUCGGUUAUUGUCAGUAUUGUCCAGAGAAAGUCACGUGGUCGGCUGAGAUGGAAUCUCCUCCUCCUCCAUACUUCAACGGAGGUAUGUUUGUGUUUGAGCCAAACCCUUUGACUUAUGAGAGUCUCCUUCAGACUCUCCAGGUCACACCACCUACACCAUUCGCGGAGCAAGAUUUUCUUAAUAUGUUCUUUGAGAAAGUUUUCAAACCGGUCCCUCCGGUUUACAACUUGAUCUUGUCUGUGCUUUGGCGCCAUCCGGGAAAUGUUAACUUGGAGACUGUCAAAGUUGUUCACUACUGUCCACCUGGGUCCAAGCCGUGGAGAUACACAGGAGAAGAGCCUUACAUGGACAGAGAAGACGUCAAAAUGUUGAUUAAGAAAUGGUGGGAAAUUUAUAACGACGAAUCCCUUGAUUUUAAACCGAAAACCCCUAAUCAUUUGAAAGAAACCCUUUCCAAGUCAAUUAUUAUACCUUCAGUGCCCGAACCACCAGUUAACCACUCUCCUGCUGCAUCUUCGGCCGCUUGAAAGUCUUGAACACAAGUACACAAGACUGUAUUUGAAGCAUGUUGGUGUGUUUAUUUAUCAUCUUUGUAUUUAUUCAGAGAGAUAACGCUUAUUUAAAACUACGAAUCCCUAGAUUUUUCAAAACCUUUCAAAAUAAAUUGUCUUGCCAAAUUAAAAUUUCAAGUUGGGUUGUUUGAUUACUUUGC